UGUCCGGACACUUGCUGCGCUGCUCUUAAUGAUCAGGAGGCACCGCGGGAGCAGGAAGGAGAAGCACAGCGACGACGCACAUGGCUGGAUGACAUGAUGUUCCAACCCUUUUCCCCUCCUCCCUCCACCUCUUUUUGUCCUGUUUUCCUUCUACUCCUCUUCCUCUGUCUUUCCCUCAUCUCCUCUUCCCUUCCCCAACCGCCGUUGAGCUGGAAUUCACCUAAUGACCCCUGCUACCACACAGAUGGCCGUCCACGACACUGCCUGUCAGAGUUCAUCAAUGCUGCCUACGGGGUCCCAGUCAAUGUGAACCACUCGCUACAAGGAAAUGAUUAUGACAGCCACAUCACCACCUUAACCGACCUCAACAAUCCCCACAACCUCACAUGUUGGAUGGCCGAUGCAGGUACUGACACAGGAGACUGGGUCCUUACCGUACCACUGGGCCGCCGCUUUGAGAUCACAUACAUAAGUUUUCAGUUCUGUCACCAAAGGGAGCCAUUGGACCCCAUCUCCAUUUCCAUCCUCAAGUCGAUGGACUUCGGGCGCACCUGGAGGCCAAUGCAGCACUACUCCAGCGACUGCCUCAGGAACUUCAAGAUACCUUCACAAACAGUGGCCCAAACUAGACAUCAAGAAACAGAGCCCCUCUGCUCAGACCCACGCCCUCUACAGAAGCAGCGAGGAGGCAUGGUGUUGGCCUUCUCCACUCUGGAUGGACGGCCAUCCUCUCCUGAUUUUGACUAUAGCCCCACUCUCCAGGACUGGGUGACAGCCACCGACAUUCGCGUGGUCUUCCACAAGGUGUCCAGUGAGGUUAAGGUAGGCCACAUGGACAAGACUGAAGAAGAAAGAUGGCUUGAUGUUGGACACGACAUCAGAGAGGCUGGUGUUGUGAGAUGGAGAACGGACUUCAAGGGUCAGACUGGAGAUCAGGUGGACAAGUUAAACACAGAAAAUACACUGGCAUUUUUUGACAGGGAGACAAAAAACUCAGAGACAAGGGUGAGGAACAAAGGGGUUAGAAUAGAUAAGCAAGUCAGGAAGGGUCAUUAUAAAACCUCAAGUCAAGAUGAAGAUGGGCACAACGUGACCAGCAAGGAAGGGGGGGACAGUUUCAGCAUGGACACUCUCACCUCUCCUAAAAAGGGCGGCAAAGGCAGAGGGCGUGGCCGCAAGAAGGAAAACAAUCAUUGGCUGCCUUGCCCCAAUGGAGAUUGCAAUUGGACAGUUGAGGGGCGGAGCAGAAGCAACAAAGGACAGGAGCUGAGGAAAAGGAGGAACAACAAUCACAACACAAGGCCGAGGAAUCUGCAGGCGGCCCUACCAUCUGCUUUUAAGCCCCCCGGCCGAACUCCUUUUGCCCUCUCGGACCUGCAGGUUGGGGGCAGGUGUAAAUGUAACGGACACGCUUCCAGGUGUCGCCGCGACGACAUGGGUCGUGCAGUGUGUGUGUGCAAGCAUCACACAGCGGGGCCAGACUGUGAUGUGUGUGAGGACUUCUACUUUGACAGACCAUGGCAUCGAGCUACACCCACUAACCCAAACCCCUGUGUUGCCUGUGAGUGUAACGGCCACUCCAACAAAUGCCGCUUCAGCAUGGAGGUGUUUCAGCAGUCGGGCCGGCGCAGUGGAGGCGUGUGCCAGAAGUGUCGCCACCACACGGCCGGACGCCACUGCCAGUACUGCCAGAAUGGAUACACCCGCAACCACAAAAAGCCACUCAGCCACCGCAAAGCCUGCCAACCGUGUCAGUGCCAUCCUGUGGGGGCAGUGGGUGGCUGGUGCAACCAGACGUCUGGUCAGUGCCUGUGUCGACGAGGUGUGACCGGCCUCAGGUGUAACCGCUGUGCCCCAGGAUAUGAACAGGGGAAGUCUCCUUUACAGCCCUGCAUACGAAUUCAGGAAGUUGCUCCAACUCCAGUGUACCAACCUCAGUACAGCAUAGCGGAGGAGUGCGUUUCAUACUGCCAGCCUUCUCAGGUUAAAGUCAGGAUGAACUUGGAGACCUAUUGUCGAAAGAACUAUGUGCUGAAGGUGCAGGUGAAAGGUAUGGAGCGCUCAGGUCCCUGGUGGCAGUUUUCCAUCUUGGUGCAAGUCGUCUUCCGCACUGGGUCCCACUCCCGCAUUCGCAGGGGCUCUCAGUCUCUCUGGGUCCCUGACCGCGACCUUGGCUGUGGCUGCCCCGCCCUCCAGGUGGGUCGGACAGUCCUCCUGAUUGGAGCAGACGAAGGAGAGCAGCCCUGGGUGCCAGAGGAGAAGCGCCUGGUGGCAGAUCGCUCCACUGUAGCCCUCCAGUGGCAGGAACACUGGAGCCCCAAACUCAGGGCCUUCCGGGGGCAGGACAAGAGGGGCCGCUGUCCACCAAAACAGGCAAACAACCACCAGCACUACAGGGAGCACCCAAAACCUCAGUCUGGUUAUGUUCCCCCUCACCUGCUGACUGAGAAAGAUCCUGAGCCUCACGCUGCAAACACACACAAGACUGAAAGCUCAGCAGUGCCGCACAUGUUCAAAGUUAAAUCCACUGAGGCGACACUACCCCCUUCUUCUUCUUCACCCAAUCCAGUGUGUUCUACUCAAAAUCCUUCAUGAAAACUUCAUCCUUCAUGAAAAAACAGAAGAACUACAAGGAGUAAAAUGUACAUUAUUCCAUUUUUUUGUCAGUGGACUUGACAUUCAGGUGAGAAGAAAGCUCAAAGAAACCCUUCAACACCGAAACACAUACCCACCUUUAGGUUUAUGUACAUUGUUAAGAGGUUAAUUAUUGCAUACUGAGUUUUGCAGCAACAUAAAGUGGUAACACUCAGUGAUGAUGAACCUGUGAGACUAAAAUGGUGAAAUGUAAAAUGUAAGUAUCAUUAUUUUAAUAUUUCUAC